GUCACUGCUGUUGUUCAUCUACACUGACAGACCUACCUGUGCACUUUGGAAAUACCCCUUACUUAUCCAUGAGAUCAUCUCCGUCAGCAUGUCAACAAAAAACAACAUCUUAACUUUUCUGCUGCUUCUCACUGGCAUCUGUCUGAUAUGGAUGGAAACGAGACCAGAGUUUUCCUUCAGUCUUCUAAACUUCAGAUCCUGUGACUGUGACACUUUGACGUCAACAGAUGUCGAUCCAUGGUUCAUAACACAUUUUAACAGAUCUGUUGAACCAUUUAUGUCGACAAAGAACAAUAUCUCAGAGCGUCAUUUUAAUUGGUGGAAGAAAUUACAGUAUGAUCGCCGCAACUACGCUUACUAUAAAGCGACAGUUGAAAAGCUGUUUCAGCUCCUCCCGUCCCCUCCAGAUGAACCCAGCUCUGGUCGCUGCAGGACUUGUUCCGUGGUGGGCAACAGCGGUAAUUUAAACGACGCACAUUAUGGACCGCUAAUAGAUCACCAGGAUUUAGUCAUACGGAUAAACAAAGGUCAAACCGAAGGCUAUGAACAGCACGUUGGGACCAGAACAACUCAUCGUGUCAUGUAUCCAGAGAGUGCGAGUAACAUCAGCAGCAACGACACUCAUAUUGUCCUGUUUCCAUUUAAGACAAAGGACCUUGAGUGGAUUAUCAAGGCUACAAAGACAGGACUUAUUGGACGACAACAUUCUACAAAAAAAGGUUUGGUGAUGGUAGUAAAUCCAUCGUUCAUGAAGUAUGUCCAUGAAAUAUGGCUUGGGAAGAAGGGCAAAUAUCCAUCCACUGGCUUCAUGACUUUGGUUCUCGCGAUCCACUUGUGUGAGGAGGUCCAUGUGUUUGGUUACGGAGCUGACAGCGAUGGAAACUGGAGUCACUACUGGGAGGAACUCCUGAACAAAAAGUUAAGAACUGGAAACCAUAGUGGGAAACACGAGUAUGGCAUUAUUUUGAAGCUGGCACAGUCUCAAAAAGUCAAGUUUUAUACCGGGUAUUGAUGAAGUUUUGGUAGUGAAUCAUGUACAGAAAAACAGAAACUGAAGGCUGCAGUUGAAUGGUCAUUAAGUACCAGUCCUGACUUUAAUGGCAAACAUGAGGUUAUUGAUGAUGGUUGAUUGAUUGAUGGUUAUUGAUGGCUCCAUAAGGACAUCAAUAGUAAUCUAAAUAAAAGUACAACAAAAACAAUCUGAAAUAAUUAUCUGGCAGUACCCUUUGAUGUCUAUCCACAGGCAUUAAUAUAACUGUAUUUCAUGUGCUAAUACUUAAAGGUGGGGUAGGAGACGUUUUCCUGGAGCAUUUUUUACUAUAUUGCUUAAAAUCCCCUUCACACUGCAAUUGCAACCAACUAACUGAAUCCUCUAACACAAAAAUAAAACAUUUUGUCACCUGUGGAGGUGCACCUGCAGACCUGAAUUCAGAGUUACACACAGAUCCACAGAGCAGGGGGGAAAUGAAUCAUAAAGGGGGGGGUGGUGGAGUGGAGGGGAAUGAAUGAGGUAAGCAUCCGCAGAUGGGGGGACAAGCACUGCGCGUUCUAGAGGUGUGGCUUCGGGAGGAAGUCUGAAGAAAGGGGUUUGGACUUUUGAAUUGUGUAUUUUCAAAAAUGUAGCUUACUCAGACUGUUUUUUCCAGGAUCUCCUACCCCACCUUUAAAGGACUUUGUUUACGCCUCACAUCAUGCUGUCUUUCAUAAUUCUGUUACUGUCUCCUAAUAGACCCUUCACAUAUCGGCUAAAAUUUGCUCAGAGGUCUUAUUUAUGUCUUUGUGCAUAAGAAAUCAAUAUAAGUGAAUCCCCAAAGGAACUUUGUGUUGGUAAAUGCAAGUUCUGCAAAUUUACAGGAUUUCAG